UCGUUUUUCUCCAAUCACGUGGCAGUCCUCUCCCCGGGGAGCACUUCCGGUGGCGUUUCCUGUGUUUGUAAACUGAGAAAAACUGGAACUCGGGCGAGAGAUUAAAACAGCGAAAUACGAGGAAACCAAAAAGGGAUCUGGUGCCAGAUGACCGGGGUGGGCGAGUCCUCCCGUCAGACAGACCAUCCUGAGUGACGGCUCUUCAGGCAGCUCCGUCACCGCCCCCCCCCCACCCCCACGCUUAGGGACCGCGGCGAUGACACACCUACCAAGCAGCUCAGUCCGUGACCACAUGAAAUGGGCGGGGUUGCUGGGCUGUGAGGCGGUUUUGUCAAGCAUGGCCCUGAUGCAGGCGAGCUCCAUGGCCGGUCCGAAGAAGAUGAUGUCACCGCUGAGUCACGGGCAGCGGGAGAGCGCCGAGCGCAACGCGCCGGGUCACAUGAUCCUGCCUUCUGGAAUGAGCUGCCCACCGCUGCUCAUCAGAAAGGAGGGAGAGUUCCAUUCCUCUCGGCUGUUGGACGAUAAGGAAAUGCGGGACAGCGACGACAUGCAGCUGAAAAAGAAGAACAGGAAGUCAGGAACGCCCUGCAAAGUGGUGGUGGUGGACGAGAACGGCGACUGUCCGCUCAAAGUGCAGAAGAACUUCAUCUGCGAGCACUGCUACGGCGCCUUCCGCAGCGGCUACCACCUGAAGAGGCACAUCCUCAUCCACACAGGGGAGAAGCCGUUUGAGUGCGACCUGUGCGACAUGCGGUUUAUUCAGCGUUACCACCUGGAGAGGCACAAGCGAGUUCACAGCGGAGCGAUGCUUUGGGAGAAGCCGUUUGCAUGCGACCUGUGCGACAUGCGGUUUCUUCAGCGUUACCACCUGAAGAGACACGAGCGAAUUCACAGCGGAGAGAAGCUUUGGGAGAAGCCGUUUGCGUGCGACCUGUGCGACAUGCGGUUCAUUCAGCGCUACCACCUGGAGAGGCACAAGCGAGUUCACAGCGGAGAGAAGCCCUACCAGUGCGAACGCUGUCAGCAGAACUUCUCGCGGACGGACCGCCUCCUGCGACACCGGCGGCUGUGCCAGGGACGGGCCGUGGCCAAGGUGGAGAACCAGUCCUGCUGCGACGUGAGGGCCUACUCCCAGGAGCCGCCGCCCCCCACGGCCGCCUGGAGCCCCCUGCACCCUCCCCCCGGCCGCCUGGCAGUUUGACAGACCCCCCUCUCCUUCCCGCCCUACCCCCCACACCCACACCCCACCACCACCCUGGAGAAACACAACACGCCACAGCUUCACGGGCUAACAGUCUGGAGCUCACUGGCGCCAUCGCCAGGUGCUGACUGAAAUCGCAGAUCCGGUCAUGAGCUUCCGGGAGGAGACACAUUUGAACGUGCUUUUUGUUUUCUUUUCUUUUUUCCCCCUCCUUCACCCUUUUUUUGUCAUCUAGUUUCUUACAAUAGAUGGUGGAUAAUUUUGUACUUCUUCUAUUUGAUUUCUAUAUUUUUUUAUUUUGUUAUUUCGACUUUACCGUUUGUUUUUAUGGUACCGAAAGGUGGGGAAUGGAAGGGUGGGCGUCAACACCAUGGCAACGGCUAAAGCUAAGUUUAUACAUGCAUAUGGUGAAGCUAUGGAGGGAAAUUAUAUGUAGUUAUCUGUAAAAAAAAAAAAAAAAAAAAAAAAAAAACCCUGUCAGAUGAUGGUAGAACCGUAGAGGUUAGGUUUGUAUACCAGGCAUUGGUUGUGAAACUGAGGGAGACGAAAAAGCUUUUUUGACAUUUACAAAUGAAAACCAUCCCGUUGACAAAACAGGGCUAUUGUUGGUCAUAAUGCCAUAAUGCUCUGUAAUGGAAAGGAGAGGAUCAGUUAUCUUGUGUGGUGUGGAGACGACCCAUUUAGACUCCAGUGUAGAACAGCACUGAAGACUCAGGACACUGCACCAGGAGGCAGCUUUACCAAUAUAUGUCAAAUGUUUUCUUGUUUUAAUAUAUACAGACAGACUUACCGAAUAACAAGUAAGACACAAAACCUUGUGGCCUUCAUACAUGCUCACAGGCGUUUGUAUUCUUUUUUUGAGGUUUUAAAAAAAAAAAAAAAAAAAUUGUUUUUACGUUAGCUAGAGAAUGUGACUGGCAGUUAUCAGUGGCGGGUUUUACAAUUCCGAAAUUGCGAUCGCGAGACUGCCGCUUGCCGCAUUGCAUUAUAAAGCCUGCAGGGGGCAGCAAAGGAGUGCAGUUCACAGGAUGGCGACGCCCCAAAUGGCACACCUCUGAGGGGAGCACGGUUUUUCCUCAUAAAAAAACGGGCCACCUCAGAGCGGCAAGCCAAAAUGUAGGUUUCCGUGUCGUGAAGCGAAUCCCGUUGGGGCAAGCGCCCGUGGAUCUCCGCGCAGCUGUCACAACCGUCACAACCGACUGUUAAUAGGUUUCCUCUCUUAACACCUGUAUCAUUCAAGCCAAAAGGAAAGCGAAAAUCAGGACACAAUGCAGAACUCCUCAUCCAGAAUAGAUGUGCAGAUGUUGUGACCACAGCCGCGACCGGUUUGGGGUCUCCGUAACGCAGAGCUGUGGCGGCCUGCUCUCUGACGGUUACGCUGCAGUCCGCACUCUUUCUGCCAGAGGUGCGAGCACAUGCAGCAGCAGCAGCACCGAACAGGGGCUGUUGGGGCGGGGCUGCGGGAUCCGUAGGCGGGCCCUAGUCGCCGCGUCCGGUUUGAACAUUCGCAGCCUUCUUUUCCGCCAGUCUGAAAACGACGAAACGCGUUUGUGAAAUCCCGACCACCAGCGGCGUUUUCAGUUUGAGGAUCACGUGCUGCUGCGCUACGGGCAACCCAGGGGACAGAAAGCGGGGGGGAAAGCACUGGGUGGACACCCCCCACCCCCGCUUCUGUCGCUUAGCAACGUCCCUGUCACCGAAUCUCAAGGACCUUUUUUGUUUUUCUUAGUAUAUUCUUAAACACUGGAGCGAGAAAAAAAAGCUGGAGCUGAUAAUGGAUGUAUUGUUUUUAAACGGCUAUAAUUUUUAGUCCAUUGAAAGAGAGACAUAACCUCGCUUUAAAAUGGUGGAAAAAAAGAAACAAAUGACCAAUACUUGGAUUAGUAUUGUUUUGAGAAAUCAGAUUGUCUUGUAUUUAAGUAUUCUUAGGGACCUAGAGUACCUCAGAAGAUUGCAGUGUUUUAACACUGUUCUUACCCCCUUCUUACCCCUAAAACUGUAGUGAAUAAUCUUAAUAGGAAUACUAGAACAACUGUGUCUAGAGUAGCAAUCACAGAUUAGAGUUUUUUAAUAGUCUUGCAUGCAGAGCUGUGAUCCUCGGUUUAACUAAAAGGAUCAUAUAUUAAUUAUUUGUGUAGGUAUGAAGAUUUUUUGCGUUUAAAUAACUUUUUUUUUUUAUUGUUAUCGCCAUUAUUGUUAAAACGGGCAAACUAAUAUUUACCCUCAUGAUCCAGUUAGUGACAAUGGUAUGGAGUGAAGAGCAGGGCUUUCAUUAAGCUGUAAUAAACGCCUUUUUAAAAAAGA